ACCUGCUACACACACACAACGACCGUUCGAUCUUUUGGGUGUUUAAAUGGGAAUUUCCGAGUAGUGUGUGUACAGUGCAUUAACGAAAACAAGGUGAAACCUCCAUGGUGAACCCUACUGUCACGGUAGCAAACUUUCCACAAUCAGGACAUCCCCGCGGAGUAUAAAGUGAUGAAAACACAAACAGUGGUAUCCAGAAUUCUUACAACCUCCGAAGAGAGAACAGAUACGGUGGACUUGUUCAGAAACGUCAGAAACUGAAUCUUGCUUUAGCUGUUUAAUAUAUCAUCUGGAUCUGGGCAUCAACGAAGUGAUUGCAUUUAAAACAUCAUUCGAAGUUGAAGUGCAUUGCUAUUCUGCUAAUUGAGAGAAAAGCAUAUCUACCUACUUCAAAAUGGAAUUGAGCCUUACAGACAACGAGAGAAUGUCGACCAGCCGUUCGAACCAAUCCAUCUUGGGCGUGAUGAAGGGCUUCAUCGACGCCGUCAAUGAGAUGGACGAGACGGUACUCAUUCCCAGCCUCCUGAUUGACAUGCAAGUCGAUCCAAACACAGUUGCACUUCCAGAAACAACCACCACAACAACCACCACACGCCCUGAAAAAGACUUCGCCGUCAUACCUACCAACCAAGACUCUGUUAACCUGCACACUUGUUACUCCAUGUUGAAAGCUGUCAAAUCGGAGCUAAUCCGUGGACCAACUUCAACUUCAGAGGCUGACGAGGAGGAAGAAAUCCCUGCUCUGAUCGGGGCAGACAACCGGAGCAGGACCCUCGAGGCAGCAACCGCACGGGCCUUUAGAGAACAUUUACUCGGACUUUUCGGGGUACUCCAACAGCUUACAGACGUUAGCAAGAAACUCACUGGUAAAUACCAAGAAGAACUUGGCGACUAUCAGUCAUGCUUCAUCAAACCAAAGUCGUCAUAUCUAAUGUAGAUAAAACUAUGUUCGUCUUGCUUGAAGAACAAUGAGACUAUAGUAUUAGGUGCAAUUGAACGGCUCGGAGUUUUUGUACGUCAUCAUGAUAUUGUUGCUGGACUACGAUUUCUGUUAAAACUGCAGGACAGAAUGGUAGCAGAUAGCAAGAAACUGACAAUUUGUUAAACAUUACUGUAAAGUGUACGUAUAAUGAUGGAAAUACAACUCUGAUGUAUACAAUAUUGUUUGUAUACAUUUGAAAUGUUUUGAAAUGUUUGAAUUAUAGUUUAUAUAUUGUGAAGGUUAACAUUGAAAUGCACACUUGCCUUCCUCUUUUAAUUUAAAAUAGUAAGAAAAGUCAAAUCAAAAUGAAAAAAUGCACAAUUUCCGGGAUAGUUUUGCACUCGAAUGUUUCCUAAAUUUCUCUAAUUUUGCACCUGGAAAAAAAAAUCCAUAAGUGAAAACUGGAAAACAAUGGAAAGAUAAAAUAUGUACGUAUUUCAAAUUCAUUCGAUACAUUUUGAGAGUCUGACAUUGUUUAUACUUUUGUAAAAAAAAUAAUAUAUUAUAUUAGAUAUCUCUAAAAAAAUACAACGGUCACAGGGCCUUAAAAAUAAAAAAAUGAAAAUUUUGUUAAAAAUAUAACUAAAUGGUGUUCCUCUUCAAUUUCUUACCAUGAAAAGUUGGUGUUAUGUUGCAAUCAGCCAUCAUUGAGAACGGAACAAAAUUCAUUUGGAAAAUUUAUACGGGCGAUACUUUUUGUUUGUUUUUUUUGUUUAAGUUUUAUAAUCAAUUCUCUGAAUAUUUACUUGACAGUGAUUUCGUCUGAUCACAGUCGCAGGUAUACACCUGUGUCAAUUUAAUAUUAAAAACACUGAACUCUUAUUUAUAUUCAUAAACCCAGUUUGCCUUUACUUUUUGUCACAGCUGUUUUAAAAACACUAAACCUAAAUCAUUUAUGAUUAAACUCGUAAAAUGUAAUUAUGAAAAGUAACAGAUGGUUUAAGAAUUCACUUUGAAUUUGCCUUUACACUUAAAAAGAUUAGAACUCGCGGAUAUCAAUCAAGUUUUCUUUUACAAAGGUUAAAAAGAAUAAUGUAUGGUAUUUUGUCAAUUUGGAUAUACCUUCUUCUCGAGGGGUGGGGCAUUUUGCCAACUGUUUAUGUACUAAAAAUAAACAACACCAUUAAACUUUUGUGUUUUGCAAGUUAUUAUUAUGUAUGAUAAUUAUUUGUAAAUUUUGAAUGUACAUGCACCUUCUCAGUGGUGAUGGGGCUUUUUGCCAACUGUACUACAAAUAAAACAACAUCAAUUGGA